GCCCGCCGUAUCGCCGUACCUCUGUGCGCGGCACAUGUGGUGUUUGGACUUCUCGAAAAAGCAUCAACAAAACGGGUUUCUCUGACUAGCCAAUUUCCAGGUUUUUCGAGUGUUUCCGGGCGUGCCGUGGUAAUAUCGCUAGCGCAUUACUCAUUUCCGAGCCUGACGGCAGCGCUGCCCAAGUUACAGCGCUCAGAUUUAGCUAGAACACAUCGAUUACAGCAUGCUGCGCGCGGUGCGCGCACGCUGGGUGCAUCGAUGCCGCCGAAACAUGGCGCACUUCCCGCUCUUCGUGCAGAACGAGCUGCGCGAAGCGGCCGACGGUGCGACAAUCGACAUCGAGGACCCGGCCACCGGCGCAGCAGUAGCGACGUGCGCGACGGCCGGCCCAGCGGACGUCGCCGCGGCGGUGGACGCCGCCAAAGCCGCGUGGCCGGCCUGGCGCGACGUAGGGGCCAAGAAGCGGGCAACGAUCCUACGCAACGCAGCGCAAGAGCUGCGAAGGCGCGUGCCCGAGCUGUGUGACAUAGAGACGCGCCAGACGGGCCGGCCCCGGCGGGAGUACCAAGCACAAUUGGGAAGGGUCCCGGAGUGGUUUGAGUACCACGCGUCGCUCGCCGAGACGACGGAGGGCGCGGCGCCGAAUUUUAUUGGAGACCCGGACCAUCUGUGUGUGGUCCAGAAAGUACCGCUCGGCGUUUGCGGACUCAUCACUCCGUUCAACCACCCCUUGCUCAUCGCGUCGAAGAAGCUCGCGCCCUGCCUGGCCACGGGCAACACGGCCGUCGUCAAGCCGUCGGACCUCGCGCCGGGGUCUAUCAUCAGACUGGGCGAGAUCUUCGCGGUGAGUGGCGCGCCGCCCGGGGUGGUGAACGUGCUCCCGGGCGGCGCCGACGCGGCGACGGCGCUCGCGGCGCACGAAGCCGUGGCCCGCGUCGAUUUGACCGGCGGUACGGCGGCCGGGCAGGCGCUCGGCGCGAUCGCUGGCGCUCGCGCCGCGUCGUACGGCGCCGAGCUCGCGGGCCACGCGCCUCUACUAAUUUUUGACGACGUCGACCUGGACCAAGCGGUCGCUGGUGCUUGUUUCGCGGCUUUCUUAGCUGCGGGGCAGACGUGCGUCUCGGCGAAGCGCAUCUUCGUCGCGCGAAGCAUCUACGACGAGUUCGCGUCCCGACUCGCGAAAAGAGCGGAUGCGCUACGCGUCGGAGAUCCCUUCGCGCCGGAGACGGAAGUUGGGCCUCUGGUCUCGGCGAAGGCACUCGCGGCGGCGCGGCGUUUUGUGGAUGAGAGCGGCGCCGAAAUCUUAGCUGGCGGCUCGGAGCCGUGCGCAGAGCGCGGUUACUUCUUCCGGCCGACGGUGCUCGCCGGCAGCGUGGACCUGCCGUGCUUCCGGGAGGAGUGCUUCGCGCCGGUCGUAUGUAUAGCGCCCUUCGACGACGAGGCCGACGCGAUCGCAAAAGCGAACGCGAGCGCGUACGCGCUCGGCGCUGCCGUGUGGACGCGCGAUGUAGGGCGAGCGCACCGCGUCGCCUCAAAAUUGCACGCCGGCGUGACCUGGGUCAACUGCCACCACCGGAACGGUCCCGACGCGCCGUGGGGCGGUUUUCUGAAAUCUGGUGUAGGGCGAGAGAACGGGCGCGAUUCUCAAAACGCGUACACGGCCUCGAAGACGCUCGUCGUGCGCACGGCUAGUGAAGGAGAGGACUGGUUCGGUGGAGGCGCGCGCUACGGUUAAUGUUUAUGUCUUAAA